AACAAAAAUUUGCUGUGACAAUUUGGUGGCUUGGUAAUGGUAGAACUUUGCGUACUGUAUCAGAAUUAUGUGGUAUGGCAGAAUCAACUUUUCAUUAUGUAUCACGUGCUACUCAUGAUUCUCGAGUUUUACGCAAUUCAUCUUUUUAUCAAAGAUUUUCUAAUCCAGUAACACAAUCAGGAUCACCAAAUUCUUAUAUACUUGGUGAUAGUGGUUAUGCGAAUACUAAUUGGCUUCUUGUACCAUAUCAUAAUAAUGAACAUCUUACAAUAAUACAACAAUAUUAUAAUUAUGUGUAUUUAGCAACUCAUAUUAGAAUUGAACAAGUUUUUGUAUCUGCUUAUUGUAUAUUGCAUAAUAUUUGUGAAAGUCAUGGUGAUGAAAUUGAAGAAAGUUUAUUAGAAGCAGAUAAUACAUUUAAAAGACAAGAAAAUAUUGAAGAAAAUUAUAAUGAUAAUAAUUACGUGUUUAUUAGAGAUUUUGGAUCAAUAAAUUUUGAAGAAAAUUCAGAAGGAAUAUCAAAAACAGAAGAAGUUGAUUGA